AUGAAUAUUAAAUUAUUAUUACUUUUUAUUAUAAUUUCUAUUUUUAAAUUAAUAAAUUCUUCUCAAGUUUUAUUCAAUGAUCAAAUUGAUUGUAUAACAACACCAUGUCAAUGGAGUAAGGCUACCAAUUGGAUUGGUGGAGCAUUACCACAAUCUGGUGAUAAUGUAGUAAUUAAUAUUGGAUCAAGGUCAGUGGUAGAAGUGGAUUUGGUUGUAAUUAAGGAUAGUACAUUUGGUUCAGUAGUACUUGGUUCAACACUAAAAGUACUCAACUCAAAUUUAUUGAAUGGAACAAUUUCAAAUGUAAUUGUUAAUGGUAAUUUAAAUAUUAAUAGUCAAAAUGUUGGUUUAUCAAAUGUAAGUGGUAAUGGAGUAGUUUCAUUUUUAUAUCAAAGUUAUCCAAAUCCUUCAAGUGGAACCAUAUCAUCAUCCACUUUCAAAACUUUAAAUAUUAUUGGUGGUUUAAUAAAUGUCGAAGUUUCAAAUUCAAAAAUUACUCAAAUAAUUCAAUCAAAUAUUAUUGGAACUGGACAAUUUGCCGAUCAACCAACUGUUACUUUUUCAGGUGACAAUACAAUUGGUUCAAUUCGUCUAGUUGAAAGUGGUAUUAAUUUUAAAAGUGGAAGUAAAUUAACAUUAAAUGGUUUAGAUGUUUCAAAUUUUGGUAAAAAACCAUCAAAUUCAUCAUCCUCAUCCUCAUCCUCAUCCUCAUCAACAUCACCAAUUGACCAAAAUAUUAAUUUAAAUUAUCAAAUUUCAAUUUUAAAAACAAAAUUAAAUAGUGUUAAUUCUUUAUCAAUUGGAUCAACUUCACAACUUUCAAUAACAUCAUCAACAAUUAAUUCAAAUUUAAAUGGAAAUGGUGGUUCAUUAACAAUUUCAGGAUUAAAUACAAUUAAUGGUGAUUUAAAUAUUACUGGAACAUCAUUGUUAGUUCAAUCAGAUCAUGUUCAAACCAAUAUCGAAGGGUCUUUACUAUUAGGUCCACAAACAACAAUGAAAACAGUUGGUGUUGGAUCUCCUUUAGUAAUUGUUUCUCAUAAUACUGUAUUAAAAGGAAGUUUAUCAGUAAGUUUAGAUUAUCAACCAAAAAAUAAUAAAAAAUAUACAUUAAUUAAAUCAAUUGGAAGUUUAACUGGUAAUUUCUCAAGUUUUUCAUUUCAAAUUAAAAAUGAACAAGUUGAUUCAUCUCUUUUUUCAAUUUCAACUGAAAAUAGUGCAUACUCUUUAACAUAUGGUGCACCAGAUGAAAGUUCAAAUUCAACUGUAAUAAUUUUAAAUUAUUUAUUAUUAUUAUCUCUUUUAUUAAUUUCAAUAUUUUAA